ACCCCAAAUCAAAUACUCAUCACAGAUAGCAUCGGCAAACAGAAGCAACAAUCCCUUGAAUGAUCAAAAUGGGGAGGCCAGCGUCGACGAUCGAAAUCCCUGAUAAACGACACCGUUCUGACCGCGAUAACGGCCGUUACUCCCCAGAUUCCGAUAAUUCCUUCGACUACAGCAGGCGCCACCACCGUCGUAGCCCUAAUUAUGACGCCUACGACCGCUAUUACGACAACCACGACCGCCGCCACCACAACCACAACCAAGAACGGAGCUCUAGCCCAAACCCUAGGUCCAGCAAAGCCCAAGACUCUCUGCCCAAGCGAUUUGGACGCGAUUACCGUAAUGGAAACCGGUCCGAGUCCGAGUCUGAUGAGGAAUUGAAAGGGCUGAACCCUGAGGAGUACCGGAGGCUCAAGAGGCAGAAGAUGAGAAGAGCGCUCACUCGUUGUAUUUGGAAUUGCACGCCCAGUCCGCCUAGGAACGAGAACGAGAACGAGAACGAGAAAGCUGACGAGAUCUCUGACAAGUACGGUGGAGAAGACGAGUUAAUCGGCGGUGAAAAGAGCGAUUCAAGCUCGAAAGAGAAGGCGAAGGUGAGUAAUAGGAAAGGCAAAUCGGAAAGUCAGUCUAAUUCCGAGGCUGAAUCGGAAUCGGAAACCGAUGAUUCGCGGUCGAGGAGGAAGAGGAAGAGGAAGAGUUCGAUUUCCAAGAGUAGUAAAUACGAAUCUGAUGAGAGCGAGAGCGAGAGUGAAUCGGAGGAGGAAGAAGAAAAGCGAAAGCAAAGAAAGAAAAGCAGUAGUAGGAAUCGGAGCCGCCAUAGGAGUAGCAAAAGAAGCAGUAGAAGAAAAGGGAGUAGUAGUAGGAGAAAGAGUAGGUACAGCAAUUCCGAUGAGAGUGAUGAUUCCGAUGCUAGCAAUCGGGUAAGGUCGAAGAAGAAGAAGCGGAGUCGGAGUAGGAAUCUCUCGGAGACAGAUAAGGACAUUGAGGUUUCGAAUUCAGAGGGUUCCGAAGUUGAAAAGGCAGCAAUGAUGAUAGAGGAGGAUGGGGAGAUGAAAGCUGAAAGCAUUGCGGAGGCAUUGAAUUUUAAGGAGAUUUUUGAGGCGCAGAAGAAGCCGGCUCUGGAUACUGAACCAGUGGUUGGGCCAAUGCCCUUGCCUAGAGCCGAAGGGCAUAUCAGUUAUGGUGGUGCGCUUAGGCCCGGAGAAGGUGAUGCCAUUGCGCAGUAUGUGCAGCAAGGGAAGCGUAUUCCACGGAGAGGAGAAGUGGGGUUGUCCGCAGAUGAGAUUCAGAAGUUUGAGGGUCUUGGUUAUGUGAUGAGUGGUAGCAGGCACCAGAGGAUGAAUGCUAUUCGUAUUAGGAAGGAAAACCAAGUUUAUAGCGCCGAGGAUAAGAGGGCGUUGGCUAUGUUUAAUUAUGAAGAGAAGGCCAAGCGUGAGCACAAGGUUAUGGCUGAUUUGCAGAGAUUGGUGCAGCGCCAUAUAGGGCAGGAUGUCGGUCCUAAUCAUGAUCCCUUUGGUGCAACAAAGCCUGCAGAUACUGCUGAUGCUUGAUUUUCAUUCUCUUUUCACUAGGGAUGGAAUAGUUCAGCGCUUCUUGGUUUGCUGGCGAGGACGGCCUGAUUCUGAUUGUACAUGGAUCACUAGAGAGGAGUUGCAGCAGCUUGAUCCUGCUCUUUUGGAGGCUUACUUGGAUACACUUGUUACCACCUCAUCUCUACCUCCUAUCACCUGCACAUAUGAGUGUCGACAGAGGCGCCAUGCUGGCCCAGUGAGCUUGUGGCUUGAUGGAGUUUAUUCUGAUGUCACUUGAUCCUUAUGAACUUUACUCGAAGGGAUCGAGUUUCUCCCACCCCAGGGGAGUUGGUGCGGACACCACAUGAUGGCACAUCUGUGGAGAUUAUCUUUAUCAUUUAUGUUAUCUUUAUUUGGGUUUAUCUUUAGUAUUGGAUUAGUAUUUGAGAUUGUUAGGAUUAUCGUAUUGAUAUUUGAGAUUGUUUAGGAUUUGUUUAAGAGAGUUUAUCUUUAUUAUUAUGAUUCCUGGAAGCUGUAUAUAAAGCUAUAGAUGGUUUCUUUUGUAUUUUACAGACUAUUAUUAUUAUUAUUAUUAUUAUUGA